GGGAGAAAGAGUCAAGUAAGCAACAGGAACAAAGUUGUGGGACCCGAGUCCCGCAAUACCGCGGUGUUCACCCUUGAAAUGCAAUAACCAUCUUCCCGUUCCCCACACACAGCCUGCCGUGUGUUUUAAAGACUACCGUAGUUGUGCUUUGCUUUGCGUUGCAAAAAAGGCGUGUUUUUUUCGCCACAUUGUGGAGACUGGAUGCGCUGGAGGACGGGAUCCUUUUAGUCAGCUAAUGCAGUUAAAGAAGACGAGUGCCUCGCAUCGAGUAGAAAAUGCCUUAGAUUAAUGGAUCUAAUGUAACGUUAGAAAAAAAACUUUUUAUUUUUUAACUUUUCCAAUACAUUUUACGUCAUCGGUCUAUCCGUACUCGACACGCUUCGGACUUAUUUUGAGGGCGCACGUCUUCUGACUCCUGACAGCGGAGGUGCAGAACGAGGGCUGUUGCAUUGUGCGUCGAGACGCCUGGAACUGUAUCGCACGAUUUUGAAACGAUAAAGUGUUGAAUCUAUUGGCUACCAUGGCAUCGCACGGUGACAUCGCAGCGGGAGGAGCCAACGAAGAGUUCAACGACAUCAUCAAGUGGAGAUCUGAUGAGCAUGAUUCAGUACAGAAGAAAACAUUCACCAAAUGGAUAAAUGCACAGCUCUCCAAGACGGGGAAGCCGGCCAUCAAUGAUAUGUUCUCUGACCUGAGGGAUGGGAGGAAGCUGCUGGACCUGCUGGAGAGUCUCACUGGCACUGUACUGACCAAAGAGAGAGGCUCAACCAGAGUGCACGCUCUCAACAACGUCAACAAAGUUCUUCAAGUCCUGCAUCAAAAUAAUGUCGAUCUGGUAAACAUAGGAGGGACAGAUAUUGUGGAUGGGAACCGCAAGCUGACUUUGGGCCUCAUCUGGAGUAUUAUCCUCCACUGGCAGGUGAAAGAUAUCAUGAAGGAUAUCAUGUCCAACCUGCAGCAGACCAACAGUGAGAAGAUCCUGCUGAGUUGGGUACGUCAGUGCACCCGCUCUUACCCAGAAGUCAAUGUGCUGAACUUCACCACCAGCUGGGCUGACGGCCUGGCUCUCAACGGCAUCCUUCAUCACUUCAGGCCAAAUGCAUUCAGCUGGGAUCAGGUGGUCAGACUGAGCCCUGUGGAGAGACUGGACCACGCCUUCACUGUAGCCAAAGACCAGCUGGCUAUUGAGAGGCUACUGGAUGCCGAAGACGUGGCAGUGCAGUUACCGGAUAAGAAGUCCAUCAUCAUGUACGUAACAUCGCUGUUCGCCGUGCUGCCCAAAGACGUGAGCAUGGAGGCUAUCAGAGAAGUGGAGACCCUUCCACGCAAAUACAAAGUGGAGUCUGAGGACUCGGGUCCAGGCCUCAGUGCUCAGAAUGUGCAGAUGGAGGAAGCAGGCAGCAGCCCCCGGCCUGAGACCCCCAGCACCCUGACAGAGACAGAGGGGGAGAUGGAGGGCAGCCUGCUGGAAGUGGACCUGGACAGCUACCAGACCACGCUGGAGGAGGUACUGACCUGGCUGCUGUUGGCCGAGGAUGCCCUGCAUACUCAGGAGGAGGUGUCAGACGAUGUGGAAGAAGUCAAGGAGCAGUUUCACACGCACGAGGCCUUCAUGAUGGAGUUGACAGCGCACCAGAGCAGUGUGGGUAAUGUGCUCCAAGCGGGUAACCAACUGAUUGCCCAGGGCAAUCUGACAGACGAGGAAGAAGAGGAAAUCCGGGAGCAGAUGUGCCUCCUCAACUCCCGCUGGGAGAGCCUCCGAGUGGCCAGCAUGGACCGCCAGGCCAGGCUCCAUGAAGUCCUGAUGGAUCUUCAGCAGCAGCAGUUACAGCAGCUUUCUGAUUGGCUGUCGCGAACAGAGGAGCGAAUCAAAAAGAUAGAGACUGAACCCGCAGCUAAAGACCUGGAGCUCUACAAAGAACAGAUAGAACAGCACAAAGAGCUUCAGAACGACCUGGAGGCGGAGCAGGUGAAGGUCAACUCUCUAACGCACAUGGUGGUGGUAGUAGAUGAGAACAGUGGGGAGAGUGCCACCGCUGCCCUGGAGGAGCAACUACAAUCUUUGGGUGAGCGCUGGGCAGCUGUGUGUCGCUGGACAGAGGAGAGGUGGCACAAGCUGCAGGAGGUCUUCAUGGUGUGGCAGCAGCUUCUAUCAGACCAGAGUUUGUUUCUAGCGUGGUUGGCAGAAAAAGAGGAGGCCUUGAGUGAAGUACAGACCAGCAACUUUAAGGACCCGAGUGAAAUGAAUACCAAUGUGCGCCGAUUAGCAAUUUUAAAGGAAGACAUGGAAAAUAAGAGGAGGACUCUUGACCAGCUCUCUGAUGCAGGACAGGAUGUGAUAUCGCUACUGCAGAGCCCUGAGGCGGGAGCCAGGAUUGAGACAAACACAGAGGAGCUGGCACAUAGAUGGGACAACCUAGUGCAGAAGCUGGAGGACUGCUCCUUCCAGGUAAUGGAAGCCGUGACGGAUGCUGGGAUGACUCAGGUGGAAGAGCAGGUCGUCGUGGAUGCAGUUGCCGUAGCUGCUGUUGCUGCUUCUAUCGCUGACCAGGAGUUGGCCCCACCUGCUCCCCCGAAGAAACGACUGGUGGAGACCGAUGCAGAAGUCAGACAAUUGUUUGAAAAUAAGCUUUCUGGUGUCCUGACCUGGAUUAAAACAUGGAAGACGUCCACUCAGGCGCUGGCCUCCACGCACCCCGACACUACGCCUGACACACCAGACCUGCAGGAGACACUGAAGGGUUUAGAGUUGGACUUCAAUGCAAAGGAAGCCACAGUCAGUCAAGUGAUCCAGGAGGGACGGGUCUUGAUGGACCAGCUGGAGAGAGAAGGAGAGUGUGUGGACUCAGUGAGGGCGGACAUAGACCUGACCCAAACUGAGUGGGAUGUGUGUGCGAGGGAGCUGCAGGCAGCCCGCGAUCGAGUUCACACUCAAAGCCGUGUCAGGGCGGUGUCUGCAGAGCUGGCAGACCUGGACCGAGCCCUCGAGGAGCAGGAUCGGUGGCUGGACUCAACUUCGGCUGGAGAAAAGUGUGACGAGGCUGAGCUCAGAAGCCUGAGCGGAGGAUGUCAGUCCCGACUUGUCCAGGUCACUGCCUCGAGUCCCCGACUGGAGCAGCUUUCUGCAGAGGUGGGGUCCCUAGGAGCUAUGCCCUCUCUGAAAGACACCAUGGUGGUGGUAUCGGCACAUCACGCCUCCACAUUGCAGCGGCUUCAGAGCAGAGAGCAAGAGGUCAACAAAGCUUUGACCAGUCUUGAGGCCAACCAGGUGUUAUCGAGCCAGGUGGACGGACUAAAGGCCAGGCUGGCCACCCUGAGAGAAGGAAUAGUAGACAUCCCGUCAGCUGAGGAAGCAGUGGAGAGUGCACAGGGCCUGUGUCUGGAGAUUGAGCAAACACAGAAAGCUUCUGAUUCUACAGAACUACAAAGAUGGAGUCAGCUCUCCUCCAGGGCCCAUGAGGAGCUGGGCACACUGCAGUGCGUCCUGGGUAGCAUGAGGGACAAUCAGGUGCGUUUGGUGGAAGUUGAACAUUGGUUGGAUGCGGUUCAGGAACUGUUGUCUCGUGAUUCCACGGGGUUGGGCGGCAAAGAGAGUCUACAGGAAGAGCUUAACCAGUGCAAGGAGUAUGUGAAUGAGAUGGAGUCAGUGGAAGGUUCAUUGAAGCAGAUGGGAGAGAAUGUGAGCGCUAUACAGACCGUUGCAGUCCCGGGACUAGCCAAUUGGGGGCAGGAUAAGUUGGACGAGUGCCAGAGCAAAUGGGACACGCUCGGCAAACAGCUGCUGAAACAUCAGCAGCGUGUGGCAGAGAAUCGGGAGAGGCAGGUGAAUCUGAGGAAGGACUUGGCGGAGAUGCAGGAAUGGAUGACCCAGGUCGAUGAGGAGUUUCUCAUGAGGGACUUUGAAUACAAGAGUCCAGAGGAGCUGGAAACAUCGCUGGAGGAGAUGAAGAGGGCUAAAGAGGAUGUGCUGCAGAAGGAGGUGAAGGUGAAGAUCCUGAAGGACAGCAUCAACAUGCUGGUGUCCAGAACAUCGCCCCCUGGUGGAGGCGGUGCAGAGGAGCUGACCUCUGAGCUGGAGGGGGUUCUCGUUAACUACCAAAAGCUCUGUGACCGCUUUAAGAGCAAGUGUCACACUCUGGAGGAGGUUUGGUCCUGCUGGAUGGAGUUGCUUCAGUACCUGGAUAUGGAGCAGACCUGGCUCAACACGCUGGGGGAGAAGGUCCAAGCUACUGAGAACUUACCGGAGAGCACUGAGGCCGUGAAUGAAGCUCUGGAGUGUUUGGAGAGUGCGCUUCGCCACCCCGGGGACAACCGGACGCAAAUCAGAGAGCUGGGUCAGACGCUGAUAGACGGGGGCAUACUGGACGAACUCAUUAGUGAGAAACUAGAGGCCUUCAAUUCCCGUAACGAGCAACUCAACCACCAGGCGGUCAACAGGCAGAUCAGCCUUGAGCAGCAGCUGCAGACUCUGAAGGAGAACGAACAGGCGCUCCAAACACUGCAGGAGUCUCUGAGCCAGCUGGACCACACACUCACGUCCUACCUCACCGACCGUAUCGACGCCAUCCAGCUCACACAGGAGGCACAGACCAUCGGGGCAGAGAUCGCAGCCCACGAGGUGACAGUGGAGGAGAUGAGGAAGAGGAACGUGGCCAACUUGCCUCCCACCACCACUGAUGGCAAAGCUGCUCGAGGUGGGACCAUGCUGGACCAGCUACAGAGGAAACUGAGAGAGAUCUCCACAAAGUACCAGCUGUUCCAGAAGCCAGCUAACUUUGAGCAGCGCAUGUUGGACUGUAAGAGAGUUCUGGACGGUGCCCAGGCUGAGCUUCACAUUCUGGAUGUCAGGGACGUGGACCCGGAACAACUCCAGUCCCACCUCGGUGGUUGCAUGAAACUAUACAAGUUGUUGAGUGAGGUGAAGCUGGAGGUGGAGACGGUGAUAAAAACAGGUCGACAGAUUGUGCAGAAACAGCAGACGGAGAACCCCAAGGCCAUGGACGAACAGCUCACUGCUCUCAAACUGCUCUACAAUGACCUGGGGGCACAGGUAACGGAGGGCAAGCAGGACCUGGAAAAGGCUUUGUCACUGUCUCAAAAGUUCCAAAAGGAGAGUGCCGCCCUGGAGGAGUGGCUGACCACCAAUGAGGCCCAGCUCCAGCAGAAGAACAGCUGUGGAGACAUGCCAGCUGACAUUGAUGCGGAGAUCGCAUGGGCUAAUGGCCUGCUGAAGGAGUCGGAGUGUCGUAAGGCGGAGCUGUCCAGCUUGACAGAGACCAGUGCUGGUCUGCAGACUCUGGUGGAGGGCAGUGAGGCUCUGUUGGAGGACAAACUCUGUGGCCUCAAUGAAGCCUGGGGCCGUGUCCGCACCUGGACCGAGGACUGGCUUAGUGCUGUGCUGAGUCACCAGAAUGAAGUGGAAAUCUUUGACGAGAACUUGGCUCAUAUCAGCACCUGGCUCUACCAGACCCAGAUCCACCUGGACGAGACUGAGCGGCUCGCCCCGACAGAGAGAGAGAAGGUGGUAACGAGCAUGCUGGAGGAGCUGGAGGACAUCAGUCUGCGUGUGGACAAUGUGAGGGACCAGGCCAUCAUCCUGAUGACCAGCAGGGGGCCCGCCUGCCGCGAUGUGGUGGAGCCAAAACUGGCUGAUCUCAACUGCAACUUCGACAAAGUCUCCCAACACAUCAAAACUGCCAAGAUGAUGACAUGUCUGCAAUCAGGUGGCGUUGAGUUGAACCAGCAGGUACCUCAGCAGGUCAUUCACAGCCAGGGGAUCCGAAAAGAGAGUCAGAGUCGGACUCGGGUCUCCAGUGAGGUGACGGACCUUCAGGCAGAGCUCCGGGACACGCUGAGGGCUCUGCAGCAGCAGCAUGACCCAACAAACAUCCUGGAUGAAGACGAGAUGGAUGAGGAGAAAGCCAGCGUGGAAGACUUGUUGAGAAGAGGAGACGAACUGCUCCAGCAAACAUCAGACGAAGGCCAGAGGGAGGAGUUCAGGCUCCUACUGCUCCGGCUGCAGAGUCAAUAUUCUGCUCACAGGGAGUUGAGGGUGCUACGACUCAGGCAGGCCGAAGUAUCUGUGGAGUCGUCUACUCGCAUCUUCACAGAGCAGAUAAGAGCCGAAGUGAGGGAUUCACACGUGGAUAAGCACAUGGAGAUGUCUUCAGUGGAGCGUAGCAGCGCCCUCCCACUGAGGCCCUCCGACUACCUGUUGGACAUCAACAAAGUGCUCCUUGCCAUGGCCGACAACGAAUUGCUUCUGAACUCCUCUGAGCUCAGCGGCGGGCUCUACGAAGACUUUUCCUGCCAGGAGGACACACUGAGGAAUAUCAAAGAGAAUCUAGAGCGUGUUGGUGAGCAGGUCGCAGGGAUCCACGAGCGACAGCCCGAUGCCAUUCGGGAUGCUUCCCCUGCUGAGGUUGCCCAAAUCGGAGACGGCCUCACACAGCUCAACGCCGAGUGGGACCGCAUCAACCGCAUGUACAACCACCGUAUGGGGAGUUUUGACCGCGCUGUAGAGGAGUGGAGGCAGUUCCACUGUGACAUGAAUGACCUGAACCAGUGGCUGACUGAUACAGAGACACUGCUGUCAGAGAGCGUUGGCCCUGAUGGACAGCUAGACCUGAACUAUGCCCGACAACACCAAGAGGAGCUGGAGGACGGUCUUGUCAGCCACCAGCCCGUCCUGGCUGAACUGACCCGCACUGGGGAGCAGAUAAUUGGGCAGCUGUCAUCCCCUGACGGAUCUCUGCUCGAGGAGAAGCUAGACAGCCUCGGUCAGCGCUGGAGAGCUGUCAACCGCCAUGUCCUUGAGAGACAGCGCAGGAUGACUGGAGGAGACCCGGCCCUGUCAGACCUGGUGAGGAGAGGCGAGGUGCUGGCUGUAUGGUUGGAGCAGGCAGAAAACGCUGUCAGCUCCUUACCCGUUACUGCCACCGACAGCAACCUCAGAGAACUCAAGGUCCUUGCCGAGGAAAUGGAUGCACAGAAUGAACGUCUCGGAUGGGUUAACAAGCAUGCUCCUCAGAUCCUGGCCAGUCCAAAUGUGAGCCCUCAGAGCAGAGACCAGCAUGUCGGCAAACUGAGAGCCAUCAACCUCAACUGGAGCAAGGUGACCCAUGAGUUGUUGGACAAAGUCUCGGAGGUGGAGACCAACCUGCAAAGUCAUGCCCAGUUCCAGGACAGGAUGAGCAGGCUCACUAACUGGGUCGUCGUCACACACCAGACAAUCAUGACCAGGGGCUUGAGCCCCGGCCAAGCACAGUCUCUGGAGGCCUCCAUGAAGGACAGGAAGAAGGACCUGGAAGACCUGCUGGCUCAUUCUAUAGAGCUACAGAGACAACAGCAGCUGCUGCCUCAGGAAAAGGGUAAGGUAGAGGAGCUGGCAGGGGAUUGGAAAGCUCUGGAUGGUCGACUGAGGGAAUCUCUCCAGCCACCCGUCUCUCCAUGGACACAGCACCAACAUGUCGUCCAGCACCAGCAGCUUGUGUCUGCUGUCCCCUCAGCCGUGCAGAUGGCCAGCCUGGUUAGCGAGGACCCUCGCCACCAAACCCCGCACACACCGGACAGCGUGGCGCCCACCGACCUCAACGAGACAGCUACCGAACUGGCAAACUGGCUUCUCCUCAUCACACAGAUGCUGAAGUCUAAUAUCGUCACUGUGGGGGACACGGAGGAGAUCAGGACGACGAUGGGACGUCUUCAGGUGACAAAGAGUGACCUGGAACAGCGUCACCCCCAGCUCGAGGACAUUUUCACCCUGGCACAGAACAUUAAGAACAAGACCUCUAAUCUGGACGUUCGCACUUCCAUUACUGAGAAACUGGAGAAGGUCCGCAGCCAGUGGGACAGCACUCAGCAUGGUGUCGAGGCACGGCUUCAGCAGCUGGAUAACAUGAUUGGCCACAGCAACUACUGGGAGGAGCAGAGGCAGGAGGUCAACGCUCUAAUUGGGCACAACGAAGGACGUUUCCACAACCUUCUUCAGCAGUCCAGCGACCCCCUGACUAAACAGCUUGCUGACAACAAGGCGUUCCUCCAAGACCUGGGCCGAGGCCAAGCUGCAGUUGUGGCCUUCAACGAGCUGUCCAAUCAUCUUUUGCGGGAGUAUUCUAUUGACGACACCAGGAGGAUCAAAGAGGUCACAGAUGAGCACAAUACUGCCUGGAACAGCAUCAACAACAGGGCAAGUGACCGCCACGCACAUCUGGACAGUGAGCUGAAGGGCCUGCAGAUGUCUCUCAGGGAGCUGGAGUCCUUCCUCAAAUGGCUCCAGGAGGCAGAGACUACGGUCAACGUUCUGGCCGACGCCUCCCAGAGGGAAGACCUGUCGCAGGACUCCGCCCAUGUGAAAGAGCUGAGGCGACAACUAGAGGACAUCCAGGCUGAGAUCGAUGCCCACAAUGACAUCUACAAGAGUGUGGACGGAAACAAGUCGAAGAUGGUCAAGGCUCUGGGCAGCUCGGAGGAAGCUGUGUUCCUCCAACAUCGACUGGAUGACAUGAACCAACGCUGGAGUGACCUGAAGACCAAAUCUGCCAACAUCCGGUCAGUGAAACUUCAUCCAGUGCUUACAAGUGUGUUUGCUCCAGUGUUUGUGGUCAAGCAGCAUGUCUUGGAUUCAUGGAAAACCACAUGUGACAUACUGCAUGUUGUGGAAUAUUUAAAUAGGUUGUUGCGUUUCCGGUCAGCUGUAUGGAUACGGUAGCUCCUGUGUUCCACAUGUCCGCCAUGAAGCACAGGGAUGAGAUACAGCUCCAAAAGGACAUCAUGGCUGCCACAGUGGCACAUAAACUUCUGAGGACGGAGACAAUGCCGCGUCAGCUGCAACCUUGGCAUAAAUAAAUAAGAUUGGCGAUGCAGAGGGUGAAGAAAGUGAAGGUGGAAGUGAAGUUGACAGGGCCAGAUGGAGAUGAAGACAACAAGGAAGAGGGGAGGCUGGAGAGAAGCAGCAGAAGAGCACAACAAAGCUUCAGGGGCAAGGGGAAUGGUUGGAGAGGUUGAAGAGGCUGAAGAGGGAAGGGAGGGGAAAUAACAAAAGGUGCAGGAAAGGAUUCUUCCCUGGAAAGUCCUUGGGUCAAGUUCAAGCAGUGCAGACGUAAUGGGCUGGACAUGUUCCACAGGAAGACAAGCGAGAGAAAAAUAGACAGUGAGAGAUCUGUCUGUGUGGGAGAUGGGGCACCAGGUUUGUUGAUUGUAGCCCAUUAUGCCUUAAUUGCAGUACAUGUGUAAUUAUGGCUAACUCAGCGAGCGGCAAUAGGAGGUCUCUGUACACUGUGUUCAGAAACAUUAUGCCUAGAGGAAAACUAAAGUGCUUAUCAACACACAUUGCAUGCAUGCUACCACCCACACAAUUAUCGUCUAACUUGUGUUCCCCUUUAUGAAUAAAAUCUACCACUCGAGUGGUCAGGGAUCAGGUUUUUACAGGGCUUCUGUCGUAAUAAAGUUGUUUUCGUUGAUUUCUUCUUUUAUGUUUUUGUAAGCUAUGCACUUUUUAAAAUCAUCAGUUUCCUGGUUCUUGCUUUGAAGAGGGUCUCUGACCAAAAGCUUGCUAUAUAAAAAGAUUUUGCACCGAUUUCAGUGCGAGGAUGCUUUUUCUUAAUUAAGCACAUGAGAGUCUAUAGCUCCAGCAUCUCAACAAGUCUGAUACCGGGUGAGCUGUGCUCUAUUCUUUAUACAGUGGGUACGGAAAGUAUUCAGACCCCUUCAAUUUUUUCACUCUUUGUUUCAUUGCAGCCA